GGGAAAUCAUUUUACAAUCGUUCGCCAGCAAAAAUUGUUGUGAAAAAAAUUCUACGACUAAAAAUUUUCUAUUAAAUUUCAACAACAACGCGUUCGAUAUAUCCUUUUAUUUCAAACGGGGGUAUUCAAUUACAUUUGGCAAUUAAAUUAUUUGUAUGCUGCGGAAAAAAAUUAAAGAAUCAUCGAAAAUGAAUGCCACCGAAGGACAAGGUCUCGUCAUCAAAAUGGCCCAAAAGAAUAAAGAAACUCAAACGAUGAAAUUGGGCGGAGGCUGUGGCAUUGCCACACCACAUCCAAACUGGUUUGCAGCUGCUCCAAUUUCACCCCCUGUGCGAGGAUAUGGCACACUGGUUUCACCCUUUACUCUGGCCCCGCCGCCAUCGCCAGUUUCACCACUUUCGCCGCAUCAUCGUCAUCUGGGACACACAGCAUGCCAAUUCUAUAUGGAUCGCGAGGAGGAACUCUAUCGUCAGGCCUGCCAGCUAAAGGGCAUUGGCUUGGAGACUGGAAAUGAGACUGAGAAUGAGAAUGAAGUUCGUACCGAAGAGGAGGAUUCCCUUGGUUCUGAGGAAGAGCCACCAUCGAAGGUUAUCUAUCGUUACACGUUGGACGAGAUGAAAAGUUACAAUCCAUAUCGUUCACUUAAAUCUUAAUUGCCAAAAUCAAAAACUAAACACAAUUACACUGGUCAAACACUUUCGAAAACAUGGCACUCCACAUUAUUACACAUCUACUUACACACACAUACAUCCCCCACACACACACGCAAGCAACAAGCUGAGCUUCACUACAUGAUCAUCCUUUAACUUGAUGACUGCAGGAUGUCGCCUCAAGUAACUUGACUUGAAUUGAAGCAGAAUUUUCCCCAAAAUGUUCAAAAUCUACUCCAUGCUCUUUAUAAUCGUAUCAUCGUAUAAUUGUUUGUAUAUUAGAUGUAUAUUUGUUAGUGAUGAAUAACUAAUACAUAUUGUUACGUGAUUAGCUACCUAAACGAG